UUAAUUUCCUCGCUUUCUGAAGAUUUCGUAGCAGUAGAUUCCUCAGUUUGCUGACGCCCUCUUUUUCUCUCUUGUCGAAGAAACAGAAAAAGGGGCAAUUAUCUGUGAAAAUUAUUGAUUUUUUUUCUAGUUCAAUUUCUCGAGAUAGUUAUUGGAAAAUAUGCCUCGCACUUCAUCGAAAAAAGGCUCCGCAAAUUCGACAUCUUCCGGCGCUUCAUCAACGGUGGAUCUUUUUCGCGCAGCUUCUGGUAAAGCAGCCUCUAAAGAGCUAGAGCGGAUUGACCAGCUCUUCUAUAAUUAUGCGAACAGUUCCUCUCGUAUUAUUGACCCAGAAGGAAUUGAGUCACUGUGCUCGGAUUUGGAACUUGACCACACAGAUGUGAGAAUAUUAAUGCUUGCUUGGAAAAUGCAAGCAGAGAAACAAGGAUACUUCACCUUGGAUGAGUGGCGAACUGGCUUUAAAGCUCUGAGAGCUGACACCAUGGUUAAAGUGAAAAAGGCACUUCUGGAUCUUGAGAAAGAGGUCAGAAGGUCGUCAAACUUCAUAGACUUUUAUUCAUAUGCCUUUAGAUAUUGCCUGACUGAGGAGAAGCAAAAAAGCAUAGACAUUGAAAGCAUUUGUCUCCUGCUGGAUCUCGUUCUCGGGUCACAAUUCCAUCCUCAAGUGGAUGCACUUAAUCAGUAUCUGAAGAUACAGAUUGAUUACAAGGUUAUUAACAUGGAUCAGUGGAUGGGUUUCUAUCGGUUCUGCAACGAGAUCAGUUUUCCAGAUUUUAGCAAUUAUGAUCCAGAUCACGCAUGGCCUUUGAUCCUGGACAAUUUUGUUGAUUGGAUAAGAUCCAAGUGAAGUUAAGUUCAUGCCGUGUUGGGUGACAUCUGAUCGUUACCUGCACGUGUGCCUCAAAGUAAAGUAUACAUUUGGUGCACCAUGCACUUUGCGAAUAUCUCGAUAGGACCUACAAGCAGGAUAACAGCUGCUAACAUUGUUCCUACUGCUCCCUAGAUAUUGAUUGUGAUUGUUUGUCUUCUUCACUUGAAAUUGGACAUGAAAUUGAUGACAAACUGAUAGCUUGCUAUUGAUUAUAUUUGCAGUUUUCUUGAUUUAGGACCUUCUCUACCUGUACAAACAAAAUUUCCUUGCUAUGUAUAAUUUCUUUUGUCA